AUGGAACCAAGUGAGCCUAGAGACUUUUCGGAAAUGCGUGAGGAGGACUUUGUUGCGGAAAAUUACAUAUUUAUGAAAGAAGAAUUAAUUAUUACAGAUCCUGCAAAUCAGCUAGAUUGUGUCCAAACAAAUAUUCUUAGUAACUUGCAAAAUGUUAAAAACGAUGAAUCUGCAUUAGAUAUAACUCCAAUGGACGUAAUUAGUACUAAAUUGGAAGAAGGCACAAAUGGCUCAGAAUUUUUUCAGGAAGAAGAUAAUGAUACGAAAAAUGAUGAUGGUGAUGACAUUGUAAUAAUUUCAGAGGAAAAAAUAAGUGAGUCCACACCAAAGCCAAAAAAAAGUGUAAUUAUUCCAGAAAUCGUUAAACAAAUGAUGAUUAUAAAAUCUGAAAUGCGUAAAGGCAAGAGAGUACCGUCAAAUAUCGUUUUCGUCAAAAAGUGCAGAUUAUGCCAAAAAAUCCAAAAAGAAUCAAGAUCACAGACGAUGAUAAAAUGCCAAGAUUGCGAUUCAAGGUGUUUCUUAUUCCAAUGUUUACUCUGCUUUAAAAGAUAUACGACGGUUACUGAAGUAUUUACACAUAUUAACAAAAAACAUGCCGAUAAGGUACAAAGAAAAUGUACAGAAAAUUAUCAGCAACAAUCUCCCAAAGGAAUACGAGUCACAUCAAACAAGUACCUUGAUACAAAUGAAAAGUUUCAUUUUACUCAGGCACAAAAAUCAGUUAAUAUAUCAUCAUCUGUAAAUAAUGCUGGCACUGUAGAACCUACAAAAGAAAAAGAAGAUAAAGAACAUGAUCCUGAAGGUUUAAUGAGUUGUUCUAAUCCUCCUGUUGAAAUUCUUCUCAAGGAAGACAUUCCCCUGAAACAAACAGAAAUAGACAUACGUGAGGAAAUUCAACUAUUCCGUUGUACUCAGUGCGAUUAUUCAACUUCAUUCAAGCGCUAUUAUCAGGAGCAUGUCAGGAGGCGUCAUCUUACCAUCGAUCCAAAUAACUAUACUACAUGCCCAGAUUGUAAGAAACAAUUUCGAUUGCUCAAAGAUCUUAAAUCUCAUUUGAGCCACUGUGGCAAGGAGCCCUAUCUUAAGUGCAAAUUUUGUGAGUACAAAACGAAUCGUACAGGCACAUUAAAAGUACACAUGCAGAGUCACUUGGUAAAGGAGAAAGCUGUAAAACUUGUAAACGCGCUCGUAGAUUCUGGUCAAUCAAAUGGCAGUGGUAUCAAGAACGCAGAUUUGGAACAAAGUUUGGAUCAGUUUAGUUCCAGUGUAUCUGAUGCUCUCAGUACCAGUAUGUCUGAGCAGGAAAUGGUGGAAAAUCAAAUGAAAAAUUCCAUGCAAGCCUACUGCCCAAAAUGCAACAAACGAGUCAGGUCGUUGAAGAAAAAAAAAUGCUCCAAGUGCAACAACUUACUAGUAUACCGCUGCAAAGUCUGUAGUUGCACACAUGCAAACUUGUCAGAGUUGCAUCAGCACGUAAUGCGCAUCCACUUUGCUCAUCGGGAAAAGCCGUGUCCAAAAUGCAGAAAAAUGGUGGUUGAGCUGCGCACCCACCUUAAGAUCUGCGGGGUCAAGCCGAGUUACAGCUGCACUCAAUGUUCGUUCAAGACGAAACAUCAUUACAGCUACGUUGCCCACAUGCGCCACAAACACCAAACCGAUCGCAAAGACUUUUAUAAAUGUGAAAGGUGCUCCAAAGAGUUUGCUGUUUUGCGAUAUCUGCAUCGACAUCAGAAACAUUACUGUGACACGCAACCCAAGUACGGUUGCGCACACUGUAGCCUUAGAACUCGUUCGAAAGGGAAUCUCGUACGGCAUAUCAGUCUGUUGCAUAUGGAAACUAUGUCCGAUGUAAAAUUCAUCUGUAAAAAGUGUCAAACUGAAUAUCGAAAUCUCUACAUGUAUGACAUUCAUAUUAAGCACUGCAACAAGAAGGAUGUUAACGCGUAA